GGCAGGAGUUCAUGUUGAUCUGUGCGGUGGGGGCUUUUCUGAGGGGGUUUCUGCGUGUUAGAUGCAACAUGGCAACUGGGGUGGGAGAAGAGUGGAAGAUGGUGUGAGGCCCGGAGUACACAACUGGAGCACCUGUAAUUUUGAUUGCCAUGGCAUUAGAUGCAAGAUUCACCACCUUUAAGGAGUUCAGUCCUUUAUAUUACUUACUUAAUGCGAUUCCAGCAAAAGUACAAAAAGGAUUUCGUAAUGUACUUGUGCAUCUCACGGCACUUGAUGCCAAUAAAGACUACAUUGCAGUGGGCAGUAAUAUCGGCAUGCUUUAUCUCUACUGCAGACGGAUGAACAAAAUGACAAAAUAUAAUUUAGAGGGUAAGACUGAGAUUAUUAGAGUGGUGAAAUUGUUGGCUUGCUUUGAUGACCUUGUUGCUGUUGGGACAGCUUCAGGAAGAGUGACCCUUUUCCAGUUGGUUUCCCAAUUGCCUGGAAGAAACAAGCAGUUGCGCCGAUUUGAUGUUGUUGGUAUUCAUAAAAGUAAUAUUACAUCACUUGCUUGGAGCAGCAAUGGAAUGAAACUGUUCUCUGGGGAUGAUCAGGGUAAGGUCGUGUACGCUGCUGUGGACCUGGAUCAGGGUGUUUGUACUCCUAGUGUGAUAUUAGAAGAUACAUCUGCUAUUGUACAGUUAGACUACACUCAGAAAAUUCUUCUUGUUUCAACUUGCCUGCGCUCUAUUCUUAUUUACACUGAGCAAAAUGUUAUUAGACAAGUUGGAAGCCAGCCAAGAAAAAUUGCUGGAAAAUUUGGAGCAUGUUUCAUACCAGGCCUCUGCAAACAAACUGAUGUUAAUUUGUAUGCUUCAAGACCUGGACUUCGACUAUGGAAGUCAGAUAUACAAGGAGCAGUUCAGUCAACUCUCAUUUUAAAAGGUGUAUUUGCUGGUGGCGUGAAGCCAUUUGAGUUGUUUCCACGAGCAAGUUUGACAGCUAAAAUCAAAGAUGUCAAGACAACUGAGAGAAACCUUGGUCUGUUGAAAUGCUGCUUACAUGAUGGAUGGGUACUGAGCUGGAAUGAGACUAGUAUUUAUGUGAUUGAUGCAGUUAACCAGGCUCUGAUUGGUGGACUGGAAGGGUUCAGUAGUAUUGUGUCUGUUUCCUGUACAGAAGAUGAAAUUUUCAUGUUGACUGAUGAUCGUGAUAUUAUUCGGAUUUCCAGCAAGCCAGAAGGUUUGAUAGCGGGUGUAAAAUCACAAUUAAACUCCCUGCAGACAACCACCUGCAGUGAAUCAGUUCAAGAAAGAAAAAGCUCAACUAACUCGAGAGACAUGCAAAAUGAUGAUAAAACUUCAGGACCUGGUGGUUUUGAGAUGCAGCAGCCAUCAUCCUCUGAGCCUGCGCAAUUGCCAAGUUUGAGUACCGAAAGUGAUGGUGAGAGACGAGGAAUGGAUGAGACAACAGAAAGGAGAUGUUCAUUGACUAGUGAGCCCAGAAGCAGAAGCAGUUCUCUCAAUAGUAGUAUUAGUGUUUUUAGCCAUGUAACCACUCCAGAACAGCAGGUAGGAACACUUUCCUCACCUGUGGCAUUAACAAAGGUUCCAGAGUCUUUGGGAAGGUUUAGUGCAAUGGACAUGGAAGAAUUCAAUCAACAACUGGUCGUUGUUUCCGUAAAAAAGAAGAAAAAACGAAAGCAAGCAAGUUUGGCAUCAGAAGGCAGUCUCGUUAAACACGAAAUUGACUAUUCCAAUAGCUCUCAAAGUUCGGAGCCAGCGCACUUGAGUGACUUUGCCAUUGAUGGUUCUGUAACCACAACUUGUGAUUUGUCAGAUCAACUGAGCUUGUUGAGCAGCAGCCUGGAUCACUUGACCACAGAUUCUCCUGAACAGGAGAGCCAAAUUAGUAUGGACUCUAAUAUUUUGCAGGAUGUGGACAACUGCAACCUUUUCGGCUCAAUGCAGCUUCCUGAAUCUGUACCAACCCCACAGGAAGAUCCUCUCCCCUUAGACUGUUUACCAGAAUCUUUGAGGGAAACAAAUACAACAAAUAAAAAUCUAUAUUCUUCCGAUCAUCCAACUUUUGCAGAAUGUUCAGAUCCUGUAUCUUCUAUGAAGUUAGAAAACUUAGACAAUUACUGUGAUCAAAAUGAUGAGCCCACCGACAAAGCUUCAUUGUUGAAUUGUUCUGAACCAGUAACAAGCCUGCAAGCAGAUUUGGAUGUAACAGUGAUUGAUGAAACCUACAACGGUGAGCCCUUAGAAUUAAAAUCUCAAGAUGCAGAAACUAAGGUGUUGACUGGUACCCUGAAUUUGCAAGAAUCCUUAAGUGAAAGCUCGGAGACGUAUUUGGAUGAGCGACAUGCACUACUAAUGAGAAUUCUUUCACCAGAUAAAGAUCUGAACAAACAAGAAACCAAAGAAUGUUCCCAACUUUAUGUUUUAUACAAUGAACCACAUUUACUAGACCCGGCUGAAGGUACACAGACAUUUGAGACUGUGGGCUCUACUGACAAUGGUAGCUCUGAAAGGAAGAAUGCCCAAGAACCAUGUUUAUCAUCCAGCGAUGAAGAUGAUAUUUAUGGUCAUGGAAUUCCUCAUUCAUUAUCUGAAACCAGCGUGACUGAACUCUUUCACAGUCGUAAUGUUGGAGAAUCCCUAGGUGCAGUUUCCCAAGACUUGAAAAAUUCUGCAGAUGAAAUGGAACUUUUAAAAUCUGAUCAGUUUGCUGAGAGCUGGAUGGGUUACUCUGGCCCUGGGUAUAGUAUCCUUAGCUUGGUAGUCUCUGAGAAGCACAUCUGGUGUUUGGAUUGCAAAGGUGGACUAUACUGUAGCCCCUUUUUUGGUACAAGUCUGCGGUGGCAAAAGUUUGAAGAUGGUGUCCAGCAGGUGGCAGUAUCGCCUUCAGGUGUGUUACUAUGGAAAAUUGAACAAAAAUCAAGCAAAGCAUUUGCCUGUGGUAAAGUGACAAUGAAGGGAAAGAGACAUUGGUACGAGGCCUUGCCACAUGCUGCUUAUGUUGCUUUAAGUGAUGACACUGCAUGGAUCAUUCAAACCAAUGGAGAGCUCUAUUUGCAAACAGGCCUUAGUGCGGAUCGUCCAUGUGCCAGAGCAGUGAAGGUGGAUUGCCCUUGUCCUUUAGUGCAAAUUAUUUCCAAGAAUAAUGUGGUAUGGGCACUGACAGAACAGCGAACAAUUCUCUUCAGAAAAGGCAUCAGUAGUUUUUGUCCAGAAGGAGAGCAGUGGGUGUCUGAUAUUGUAAGUGAAAGACAAAUGCUGGAGUUGGUGUGUAUAGCACUGGGAGACCAGCAGACAGUCUGGGCUUUAGACACAAAUGGCAACCUCUGGUUCCGUACUGGCAUAUCUUCAAAGAAACCUCAAGGUGAAGAUGAACACUGGUGGCAGGUGAGCAUUACAGAUUAUGUGGUCUUCGAUCAGUGCAAUAUCUUCCAAACAAUAAUUCAUGCAACACAGACUGUGGCAACAGUUGCUCAGGCACCAGUAGAAAAAGUAGCAGACAAACUGCGGGGUGUCUUAUGGUCACAACAGUCUCCAUCUCAGCCAAGUCUCAUCAGUGUUAACAGUUGUGGUGUGUGGAUUACAUCGGGAAAAAACGAGUUCCAUGUAGCAAAAGGAAAUCUAUUAGCUACAUAUUGGAAAUCAAUUGUCCCACGAGGAACAGUAUCAGCUAUAAAAUGGGCUUUUGUUGUGGCUUCCAUGGCCCCUACUAAAAAAGGAAGUUUCCUGUGGCUCGGUCAAAGCAAUAAAGAUCUCUUCUGCAUCAGUGAUCAAAAUCCUGAGUUUCGGCCCUCUACUGUACAGUUGCCUCCAGAUGUAGAGAUGGUACAGAUUUCUGCCAAUCAUGAUGCAGUAUGGGGUCUGGAUGUGAAGGGCAAAAUUCAUAUAAGGACGUUGUCAGAAAACUGCCCAAGUGGUAUGCACUGGACCAAACUAGAUCUUACACAAUUGGGAAGCAUAAAACUAGCAGGCCUAGCUUGUGGAGGUCAGCACGUUUGGGCUUGUGAUGUUGAUGGAAUUGUUUAUUUCCGUGUGGGGACGCAACCAUUAAACCCCAGCAUGAUGCUGCCUGCUUGGAUAACCAUUGAACCACCAGAACAGCCAUUAGGGACACAACUGAUCAAUAUCUAUUGUAGCCCCAAUGACCAGAUGCUUUGGGCCAUUGACAUUCGUGGAAACGUACAUGUUCGAAUUGGAAUAACAGAAGCCAUGCCUGUUGGCACUAACUGGGAGCAUGUGCCAGGUUUGCAGGCAAGUCAGUUAACUGUGAGCAACAGAACAGUUUGGGUGCGUUGUUCUAAUGGGGAUGUGGCACGUCGUUAUGGAAUAACUAACAAAAAUCCUCCAGGUGAUUAUUGGAAAAAGAUUCCUGGCAAUGUGGCUUGCAUAACAGUAACUCCUCAAGAUGAACUGUGGGGCAUUAGUAAUGGAGGCUCCCUCCUUCAACGACUUACCAAGAAUUUUAGCCAUACAGAUUCACUGGUUAACCCCAACCGUAAUAUUGUUUUGGGCCAAUGUGACGACUUUGAUGAUGAGUGGGAGAUUAUCUGAAGAUUGGAAGCAUAGCUUUUUAUAGCAUAUAAGACCAUUUAAUCAAACAUUUCACAUUUUCUUUCUGUAUACAAUUUUAAGCCUAUUAAGGUUAAAUAUUGCAUUUGGUUAAAGUUUUGUACAUAUUUGUACAUUAUUAUCGUUAUAAUUAUAUGGCUUUGGAGUUUCUGCCAGUAUUGGUAUAUACAAAUUGCUACAUUGUUCAAUAAAGCAACUGAAGUGCUUGGAGUCUUGCCUUCAGAUUGGACAACUACUGCCAGAGUAUGCUUCUGACAGAAUACCAUAUUUGGACUGGCUUUGUUGCCAAUCGUUUACUAAUCCAUAUAAAUGCCUCUGAAUUGUUGCUUUCCUGCAGCUGUUUGACAUACCCACAUUACUUGAAAGCUUUGCAUAUUGUUUUGUUGUUUUAUAUAGAUAUGAAUGUGUAUUUUAUGGAGUAAAAUGAUUUUUUCAGUGAUUCAUCUACACCCAAGAUAUAGCUAUAGCAAAAGCAUGUGCAUUUCCCUGAACUUAGAGUCACCUGGAACUCAAAUUAAUUUCUGUGACUGGAAGCCAGAAAUCUACAAUUUAAAAUAUCAUUCUAUCAUGGAUUUCAAGAAGUAAACUUGGGUACAAUAAUAUUGCACAAUACUGUAGUGAUAUAAUUUGGAGUUUUUUUGGGCUAUAAGGUAUUGGUAUCUGACAGUAAAAGCUGAAAGAAACAAUUGUAGAUAUCAAAACAGUACAUUAUCAAAAUGCUGACUGGUUUAAAGUCUUAGAAAUAAGUUGUACAUUUAUUUAAAUUUGCUGUUGAAUUAUUAUGCUAUCUUCCAAAAAAAGCCUUAUGUUAAAUAUCAAAUAUUGUAAAUAGUAAAUGUGCACAACUGUAGUAAUAAUUUGAGAUUUCAGUGAAUUUUGACUUUUUUUUUACUCCUUUUAAGAAGUGAUGGAACUUGGCUAUAAACAAGUUAUAGCCAAAAUGAUGAGUGAUGCUUUUUGCCUAGCCCACUGCAAAAGUAACAAUGUUUACACUUUCCAGAUAAAUAUUAACCAGAUGCUGAUGUACAGAUGAGAUGCAGUUUCUGUACAUUCCGAAAGUUUAGUCAGUUACAAUUUGCACUUUGAGCAUUUCUACUGCAUAUUUUGUGAAAUUACAUACUUAGAUUUUGAGGUAACAUUAUAAAGUGAUUUCUUGCAUUUAUUGUAGGGUAUGUUGUGUCCUAUUAUACUGAAAUGACUAACUUUUGUUCUGGAAGUCUGUCAAUGACAGUUUUCUUCAGUAUAAAUGUCAGUAUGAAAUAUCCAAAAAUGAAUUAAUUGUAGAAAGUUAAAUAUUCCACAAACAAUAGCACAUUUUGUAAAAGGUAACAGUAGAUGAAACAUUAAUUCAGUUACCCAAACAUUGCUAGUUCAUUCUGAAACAUAGCCUUUAUAAAGCAGCCCUUUUAUUCAACUUUUUAUAUAAAUCCUUUAAGCUACAAAGGAUUUGUGUAAUCAGCAUUGUAGUUGUGGAGCAGUACAUGCCAGAUUUCUAGAUAAUUGUCUGGAAAAAUUUAAGCUCCUGAAAGAUUGUUCUGUGCUGAUGGUUGAUGCUCUGCAGGGAAUGAGAAACCCACUUGUCUGAAGUGGGCUUCUCAUUCCCUUUUACCUUGGAAUCCAAUAAGUUGGAUAUUUAGCAAAGUCUGUUUAAAAGUUUUAUGAAUGUAAAGCAUGAUUUUAGGUGGGUGAAACUGAAAAUAUGAUUUUUAAAAAAAAGAGAACUGGAUAAUAUGGGUUUGCAAAAUAUUCUGAGUUUCAAUUUGGGCCACAUUAAUGGAAUGGUGUUUUGUUUUUGUUGGGUUUAAUUAUGUCCAAUCAAAUGAGUUUGUAUAGUGUUGGCCCUUCCCACAGCACCAUCACUGUGUGUAGACUGUAAAUAAUUACACUGGGCUUUUUGAAUGUACUCCAAACUGAAAAUAAUAUAUGUGAAUGUGACACUAAGAAGCUAAAUAUGGAAGUGUUUGAUUCCCCAGGACUUUCUCACUUGGGUAUAAAACAAUUUAAAUUCAAUGUGAAAAGAUUUUUUUAAAAUAAUAACUCCAAUCAGAGUAUUGAAAUUGCAAAAGUUUGCUACGUUAGAAAAUUAGUUUACACAUCUAAAUGACUAACCAGUGUGUGUUAACUGGUUUACCACUUCUUUAAAGACACAGGGAAUUCUAAUGUAUUGUUUUUAAAAAAAACUCAUUUGCUCAACUUAAUUUUCAUUCUUUGAAAGAAUCCCAGCAAUUGUUACUCAUUCAGUGUCUUAGAUGCAGUAUACAAUGUAAAAUAUUUUUAAGCUGUUUAUAAAAAUGUCUCAAGUAGUAGAUUGUGUUAAAUUUACUGUGAUUGUUAAUCCUGUGACUGGAUGAGGGUAAUAUUUUGAGUGAGUAAUGUGCUGCUUUAAGACUUUCAAAGGAUUGUAUGCAUUAACAUGGCAUUGCAGCUUUACAUGCUUGUGGCCUUUUUUGACAUUUCAUUUAAAGUCCUUUGCUGUCCAGAAUACUUGUAGAUAUUAAAAUGUAAAUUGUAGAUAAAUAGAGAGUCUUGGCUGUGGCUGAAUUCACAGGAAAAAAGCUUUGGGGGUAUUUAAGCUAUGUUAUAACCAGAAAUAUACUACAUGCAUGAUGUUGUAUAUUUAAACUAUUAUUUAUGACUGGAUUAUCAUUACAACUAACAACAAAACUUAAUUUUAAAGUUUAUAAUGUUUUACAUUUGUGUUUCAAAAAUAGUUCUGUUCCUAAAAUACUACCUGUACUUGUUUGCAUACUCUAGCAAAAGUGAAAUAAAAGAACUAAAAGAUCCUUUUU